AUGGCAACAGCAACUAGUGUAAUUAUUAUCUUAUUCUAUAUUUAUUCAACCAAAAGUUUUGAUUUACCACAUGAAAUUCAUAUUGGAGCAAUAUUUGAUACUGGAGAUACAUUAUCUCGCCAAGCAUUUGAAUAUGCUGUUGCUAAAAUCAAUGUUCAAUCGCAAAUAUUUACCCAAUCAAGAAUUGUUAUCACUAAUAUUGACUUAGUCGAUGCAUAUGAUAGUUUUUCAGCAUAUAAAAUGGUUUGCGCACAAUUACAAAAAGGUAUUGUUGCUCUAUUCACUGGUCGACUUAGUCCUGCAUUAGAAUUCGUCAGUUCAUUGACACGUCAAUUACAUAUGCCAUUGUUGUUAUCAUCGCCUGAUCCUCAAACUAAAGUGGAAUAUUACAUAAUUAAUGUCUUUCCACAUUAUACGGCAACAAGUCAAGCAUUUAGUGAUAUUAUAAAAUUUCAACAAUGGGACGAACUAGCUAUCAUAACUGAACAUGCUGAAAAUUUACAUUAUCUUCAAGAUUUACUAAAAUUAACUUCAGAUAAUCAUCAAAUGAAAGUUACUGUAAGACAAUUACGAGGCCGACCAGGUAGAGAUAAUUGGCAUCCAUUACUGCAACAAUUACAAGAAACAGGGAUUUCAAAAUUUCUCGUUGAUGUUUCAACGGAUCAUCUAGACGAUUUUUUCCAACAUGCUAAAACUGUUGGAUUAGUUGGCCCUUAUUAUGAUUUCGUUUUAACUUCAUUGGAUGUUUCGGUUGUUAAAUGGCAAAAAAUUCUAUAUACAUUAGUUAAUAUAACUGGUUUACAAUUUUUCGGUCGCGAAGAUCCAGCUGUGGAUGAAUUUUUUGAUAGUAAUAUUUAUUUUAAUGUCAAUGCUCCACUCGUUACUAACGAACGUUCAUUAAGGGCAUCAGCCGCUCUUAUCUAUGAUGCAGUAUACUUUUUUGCACGAGCACUUAGCAAAUUUGUUGAGCAACAUCCGUUGAAUACAACAAAAUUAACAUGUGAUGCGCAAACACCCUGGAUGCACGGUUCGGCAUUGUCUCAUUUUUUAAAAAAAUUUGAAGCAAAUGGUAUAACAGGAAAGAUCAAAUUUGAUGAGAAUGGUUUGCGAACAGAUGUAUCAUUUGAAGUCGUUGAUUUAGCAGCUGACGGCGUGCAAAAAAAUGGAAAUUGGUCAUCGAAUGCACCAGAUCGAUUAGAAAUUAAAAGAAAUUUUACAAAAGAUUAUGAAACAAGAAUCAAAGAAAUACAAAAUCAAACAUUAAAAGUCACGACAGUUAUUGAACCACCUUAUGUUAUGCUAAAUCCGAAUUGGACCAAUUCUACACAUAAAUAUAUGGGCUUUUGUAUUGAUAUUUUACUGGAUUUAUCUGAAAGACUGAGUUUUGCGUUUGAAAUUGAAAUUGUCAAAGAUGAAAUAUUUGGAAAAAAGAAUGAAAAAGGAGAAUGGAAUGGUAUUAUUGGAGAAUUAGUAAAUCGUCGAGCUGAUUUAGGUUUAGCUGGUUUAACAAUAACAUAUCAACGUGAACAAGCCAUCGAUUUUACAAAACCGUUCUUAACACUUGGAAUAAAUAUUCUUUUUAAAAAAGCACAACGUGUUAAACCAAAAUUAUUUGGUUUUUUUAAACCACUAAGUAUUGAUGUAUGGCUUUAUAUGAUUGCUGCUUAUUUUGCUGUUAGCUUUGCUCUUUAUUUGGUUGCACGAUUAUCACCAUACGAAUGGCGUGAUCUACAUCCAUGUAAAAGAACACGUGCUGAAUUAGAAAAUCAAUUUACGUUUUUUAAUUCACUUUGGUUUCUUAUUGGAAAUAUUAUGCAACAAGGUACUGAUUUAAAUCCAACAGCGCCAUCAACACGUAUGAUUAGUUGUUUAUGGUCAUUUUUUACUCUAAUCAUUGUUUCAUCAUAUACGGCUAAUUUGGCUGCUUUUUUGACAGUACAACGUAUGCAAACGCCUAUUGAAAAUGCUGAAGAUCUGGCAUCACAAACAAAAAUUGCUUAUGGAUUUCAACGGGGUGGUUCGACGGAAAAUUUCUUUCGAGAAUCCAAAAUAGCAACAUAUGAACGUAUGUGGAAUUAUAUAUCAGCAAAUCAAGCAGAUGUUACUGCAGCCUCCAGCACUGAAGGUAUCAAUAGAGUAUUAAAAGGCAAUUAUGCUUUUCUUAUGGAAUCAACUACAAGUGAAUACAAUAUAAUGAGAAAUUGUGAGUUGACAUCCAUUGGUGGUUUACUUGAUUCAAAAGGUUACGGUUUUGGUGUGCCACAAAAUUCUCCUUAUCGUGAUAUAUUGAGCGAUACGAUUCUUAAACUGCAAGACGAAGGUGUUAUACACAAAUACUAUAAUAAAUGGUGGAAAGAAGCAGCUAAUCUAAAAUGUGAUCAAGAAGAUAAACGAAAAGAUAUAGCAGCUGAAUUAGGUUUUGCAAAUAUAGGCGGUAUAUUUGUGAUACUUGCUGGUGGAUUAAUACUGUCAACGAUUGUUGCUGCUGUUGAAUUUAGUAUCAAAAUUCGAAAUAGAAAAGGACGACAGAUUUCAAUUCGUGAAGAAAUGCAACGAUAUUUUCGCUUUGCUAUAUUUAAUGUUAGCGCUUCAAAACGACGAGCUAGUAUAUUUAUAAAAGAUGUUCCAUUACUUAGCCCAAAUGAUGACGAUCAUGAUCGUGAUCGUGAUCUUGAUCAAAUCAGACAUCAAUAA